AUGACACCCUCAAAUACUGAGGAGAAACCAAGCAUGGUCGAACAAAUGCAUACUCAGAAUGAAAAGAGAGAGGAAAGUAUAGACUAUACCCGUCGUCAAUCCUCAGACGAAGAAUCAACUAUCGACUCUGAGCCUAAUGAGCCUAACGACCUCUCCCAAAUUCCCACCAACGCGAGCGCUUUAGCCCGCACCCUAUCAGUUGUACGCACUCGGGAAUCUGGAAAGUCUCUCGGUCCGCCCCCAGAUGGCGGUUUCCAAGCCUGGACACAAGUUGCGUUGGCCCAUUUUGUCAUCUUCAAUACCUGGGGCUAUAUCAACAGCUUCGGUGUCUUUCAAACAUACUACUCGCAGACGUUGGGUCAUCCCCCUUCCGAUAUCUCCUGGGUAGGAAGUAUCCAGAUCUUCUUACUCUUCUUUAUUGGUACAUUUUCUGGCAGAGCCACCGAUGCGGGCUACUUCAAGGUCACGUUGGCCUGCGGUGCCUUGUUGGAAUGCUUUAGUAUCUUCAUGACCUCGUUGUGUACCAAAUACUGGCAGUUGUUUUUGGCUCAGGGUCUUGGACAAGGAAUUGGGUGCGGACUUAUGUUCUGCCCGACGUUGGCUUUAAUCUCGACCUAUUUUGUGAAGAAUCGUGGUAUCGCAAUUGGGAUUGUUGCGUCAGGCUCUGCGACGGGUGGCCUAGUCUUUCCCGCGGUGAUUAUGAAGAUGUUGCCGCAGGUGGGAUAUGGAUGGACGGUCCGAACACUGGGGUUUAUCUCGUUGGCGACGUUGACCCCCUGCGUGCUAUUCCUGAAGCAGCGUCUUCCACCCCGUCAAAGUGGCCCAUUAGUUGAAUGGGCUGCAUUCACAGAGCUGCCUUACCUGCUCUUUGCCAUUGGGAUGUUCUUGAACUUCUGGGGACUGUACGUUGGAUUCUUCUAUAUCGGCAGUUUCAGCCGUAACAUCAUCGGUGUAUCGACAGACAGAUCGAUUGAUUUGCUAUUGGUCAUGAACGGAGUUGGAUUAAUCGGACGCCUGGUUCCCAAUCUACUCGCGGAUCAGUUCACCGGUCCUCUCAACCUGCUGAUUCCCUUCAGCUUCGCGACUGCUGUUGUUGGCUACUGCUGGGCCGCGGUCAGUGAUACGUCCGGGCUAUGGGCUUUCGCAGUCUUUUAUGGACUUUUUGCCGCGGGCAUUCAAUCCCUGUUCCCGGCGACCCUCAGCACCCUCACUACGGAUCUCAAGAAGAUCGGAGUGCGCAUGGGCAUGGUGCUCAGCGUGGUGGCGGUGGCGGCCCUCAUUGGGUCACCGAUCGCUGGUGCACUGGUGGUCCAUGAUGAUGGCAAUUACCUUUAUGCUCAGAUGUUUAUGGGGACUGCGAUCGUGGCUGGUGGCGUAACGUUGAUCGGGGCCCGAGUGACUAAAGUGGGCACUGGUCUCGCGAGAGUUUGA